GUACACCACAGAUAUCCUUGAAGGCAAGCGGACCAUUAUACGCCCGUAUCUUCACAAAUAACAAUAAAAGAAUAAGGACCUGAAAAAAGAUAGUUUCAUUCCGAUAAAUCCUUUGUCUUCUUCCUGUAACGUAACUGUAUAAAAGAGAGAUUGACUUUCAUUAAUAUAAAUGCUCUAUAAAUGGUGAUUCAAGUGUCAAAGUGCAUAACAGUGUAUUAAAAUAUCAAAAAAAUCAAUUAAGUUACCUUUAAAACCUGUAUCAGUUUGCUGGAUGUUAUGUGGUGUAUGUAAUAAAUUCAUUGAAAAUAUAAAACAAAUCAAGUUUGACGUGUGAAGUGAUUCGGAAAGGGUCGAUACCCAAAAUAAAAAAGCAACCUAAAAGUUUAUUUUUUGAUUAUAUUUUUUAUUUAUCUCAUUUACAUUAAAUUGCUUCUGAAGUAACUUUUAAAAGUAUAAUUUGUGCUCACAAUACAAGAAAUCUAUGGAUUAAUCAUAAAUCCCGAGGGGGCACUUUUGUUCUAAAAUGGCUGCCGUUGGGGCUCAAUCUAGGCACUCGCGUGUCUCGAUGAGUGUUUCUAUGUCCCUAGUCCAAGGAGGAGCCGCCCCACAAGGGGCUAUCCUGUCUGCAGCAGCCCCCUAUUACCAGACCCCCGCAAUACCUCAAGAUGUACAGCCCGACAGGCCCAUCGGCUACGGAGCCUUCGGAGUAGUCUGGGCUGUAACAGACCCCAGAGACGGAAGGCGAGUCGCCCUCAAGAAAUUACCCAAUGUUUUCCAAUCCCUGGUGUCGUCGAAAAGGGUGUUCCGGGAACUCAAAAUGCUCUGCUUCUUCAAACACGAAAAUGUCCUCUCCGCCCUAGAUAUUCUGCAACCACCUCAUUUAGUCUUUCAAGAAAUAUAUGUUAUAACCGAAUUAUUACAGUCAGAUCUUCAUAAAAUCAUUGUCUCACCUCAACAUCUCAGUGCAGAUCACAUUAAAGUAUUUCUGUAUCAAAUAUUGAGAGGCCUGAAAUACCUGCAUUCUGCAAGAAUACUCCACAGAGACAUUAAACCUGGAAAUCUCUUAGUUAAUAGCAAUUGUGUGUUAAAGAUCUGUGAUUUUGGAUUAGCUCGUGUCGAAGAACCCGAUCAGAACAAACAUAUGACUCAAGAAGUGGUGACGCAGUACUAUAGAGCUCCGGAAAUUCUUAUGGGUGCCCGACAUUAUUCGGCAGCCGUUGACGUUUGGAGCGUGGGUUGCAUUUUUGGAGAACUUCUUGGAAGAAGGAUAUUGUUCCAGGCGCAAAGUCCAGUCCAACAGUUGGAGUUGAUUACAGAGCUGCUUGGCACACCAUCGCUGGACGAUAUGCGGUAUGCUUGCGAGGGGGCUCGUUCCCAUAUGCUUCGCAGGGCUCAUAAACCACCUUCAUUGACUGCUUUGUACACCUUGUCCAGUCAAGCCACGCACGAAGUUGUUCACUUAUUAUGUCAAAUGCUUGUUUUCGACCCAGAUAAGCGUAUAUCAGUAAACGAUGCGUUGGCACAUCCAUACCUGGACGGAGGACGUUUGCGGUACCACUCCUGCAUGUGCAAAUGCUGUUACACAACCUCAGCAGCCUUAAGGCAAUAUACCACAGAUUUCGAACCAUCAGCCACACAACCUUUUGACGAUCUCUGGGAGAAGAAAUUGACAGCCACACAGCAAGUUAAAGAGGAAAUGCACAAAUUCAUCGCAGAGCAACUACAAACAUCAAGAGUUCCUCUUUGCAUUAACCCGCAGAGCUCAGCUUUUAAGAGUUUUGCUAGUGAUGCCGAGAGGAGAUGAAGCUUCAGAGAUGCCAACAAUGCUACCAACAUUUGAAUUCGACAACCUGACAUCCCCAAC